AUGACUAUUCCACCCACCGGACCCCCAGCAAAGACCUUUACAGGCUGGGUAGCCCAUGACGCCACAAACCCACUCACCUACACAACCUUCACCCCCAAGCCCUUCGCCGACACCGACAUCGAAAUCCGCAUCACCCACUGCGGCAUCUGCGGCACGGACGUGCACACCCUCCGCUCCGGCUGGGGCCCAACCGACUACCCCUGCGUAGUCGGCCACGAGAUCAUCGGCAUAGUGGAACGAGUCGGCACCGGCGUCCCCACACUCACGUCUUCACCGUCAUCAGCAUCGAUUCGCCUCGGCGACCGCGUUGGUGUCGGCGCGCAAAGCGGCGCAUGUCUCCGAGCCGACUGCGAGGCCUGCGCCGACGGCGAAGAGAGCUACUGCACACGCAUGACGGGCACGUAUAACGGACGGUACCCGGAUAAGAGCAAGUCGUACGGUGGCUUUGCGGCGCGGUGGCGUGGACCUGCGCAUUUCGUUUUCAAAAUUCCUGAUACCCUACCGAGCGCUGAGGCCGCGCCGCUGCUAUGUGGUGGCGUGACUGUCUUCGCGCCCUUGCGAAAAUACGGCGCCGGUCCUGGUAAAACCGUCGGCGUCAUUGGGAUCGGUGGACUGGGCCAUUUGGGCGUUCAGUUUGCGAAAGCGCUCGGCGCGGACAGGGUCGUCGCUAUAUCGCGGUCAUCCAGUAAACAAGCCGAUGCGCUGCAGGGACUCGGUGCGGAUGCGUUCAUCGCCACGGGCGAAGAAAAGGGGUGGGCGAAGACGCAUUCGCGAAGCAUUGAUAUUCUGCUGUCGACUGUUUCUGGGCCUGGGAUGCCGUUGGGUCAGUAUUUGCGAUUACUCAAGCGGGAUGGUGUGUUUGUGCAGGUUGGGGCGCCGGAGGAUGCGUUGCCGCCGUUGAUGGCGUGGUCGUUGAUUCAGAAGAGUGUUAAGGUGACUGGGUCGAAUAUUGGGUCGCCAGAGGAUAUUAGGCAGAUGUUGGCUUUGGCGGCGGAGAAGAGGGUUUUGCCGUGGAUUCAGAAGAGGCCGAUGGAGGAUGUUAAUGCGGCGUUGAAGGAUAUGCAUGAUGGGAAGGCGAGGUAUCGGUAUGUUUUGGAGAAUGGAGAUGUACAGGCGAAGUUGUAA